AUGUCUGCAGACCACCCAUUCGCGGCAUAUCACCGGGCUGGUGGCACAGCUCGAGCUGAGGUCGCCAUUGCAACUGCGCCCCUGACCCAUUACAUCCAAGAGGCAUACCAUGAACUCGACCCUGCUGAUGAAGAGGCCCCCAUUUUCCGCGAUGACCUGGAGCACACGGUCGAGCCACUGCUUCGCCGUGGGUUCCGCAACACCAUCAUCCUGGCAGCAGGCGGAUAUAACCCCCCUCACUACGGCCACGCCGAGCUGCUGACCCACGUCUUACACCAUGGCGGCGAAGACCUCAACAUCAUCGCCGCCAUCAUGAUUCCCAUCGACGACACCAACCUCAAGCGAAAGUUCGGCAUUGCAGAGAACCCCAUCAUUCUGCCCAAAUCUCUGCGCGUCUCCCUCUGCCGAAAUAGCCCCCUCAUCCCAAACAACGUUUGGGUCUACGACCAGCCGGAGACCGAAUGGCACGCCUUCCGCAGCCGCCUGGAAGCUUCGAUCACGUCCAGCGGUUUCACCGUCAACUUCAUGACGGUCGUUGGCCCCGACCACAUCUCCAUCGCCUCAGUGCACAGCCCGGCCCGCUGGAGCUGUUCCGAGACCAUCGUCUCGGAUGCCUGCAGGCCCGCCGAUUUCGUAGCAGGACACCACAAGAACCUCGUGCGCAUCACAGCGUGCACUGAUUGGCAUCGACUGAAGAAUCCCAAUCUCGGCAAAAUCCGACGCUUGAUUGAAGACAAGGCCGCACGCCGCUUCAACGAUGCUCUCGUUAUCGGGAGCGUGUCUCAUGCUGUCAAGGGUGUGCCCGAGCUCACGAUCCGCUUUGUGCCGUGGACCGAAGGGCAACGGAAGCCCAAUGUGUCGUCGACGGACAUGCGGAAACUCAUUGUCAGCUGCGACGCGACUGAGCUCGGCUCGACGAAAGGACUCGCCGGCAAGGCGCUCUGCCACGAGGAGCUUGUUCAGUGGAUUCUGCGUGAGCUGCCCGAGCGGGCGAAGAUGAGCGCUGUGCCAGUCAAGGGAGAGAGUACAGCUGUCCAUGAGUGGUAG